AAUCUUCCACCAUGGUCUUCAUCGUGUGCUUGGCGGCUCUCUUCGCAGUGGCGAAAGCCAAUAAUUUCGGCUACAACAUCGCCCUGAAUCGCCCCACCGGCUCCAGUAGUGUCUUCGUCAACGGUGUGCCCCCCAUCACCGCCAACUCAAACCUCGCCGUCGACGGCAACUUCAACUCGGACUUCUUUGGCGGCUCAUGUUUUUCUAGCGCUGAUGUGGCGACAGAUCCCAACCCCUUCUGGUUCGUGGAUCUGGGUGCCCGCCGCUACGUGUCCGGCCUCACCCUCACCAACAGGGGCGACUGUUGUGCUGAUCGUCUGAGUGGUCUGACAAUCGAAGUCUUUGAAUUCAAUCCGACCACCAGUUCCGAGACUCCCGAGUUCUGCUCCAUGGUCAUUGGUGGAGUGGCCCUCGGUCAGACUGUUUCACUCUCCUGCUCUCCGAUGGUGACUGGACGCUACGUCCGUAUCAGGAAACCCGCCGCCACCGCCCCUCUCACCAUCUGCGAGGUCGUUGUGUCCGGGGGCAACUUCAAUAAUAAAUUCAAUACAUUUCCCUCCACCAACGUCGCCCUGAAUCGCCCAGCGCGCGCUACCUCGCAGUUUACUUUCGCUGCCGCCAACCUGGUUGCCUCCCCUGGCCUGGCUGUGGACGGCAACUUUGACAGCCAGUUCGUCACCGGAAGAAGCUGUUACUCCAGCGCCAUUGGCGACACAAAUCCCACCUUAUACAUCGACCUCGGCGCCUACUUCUACAUCAGCUCCGUCACCGUCACCAACAGGGGCGACUGUUGUGCUGAACGCCUACGCAACAUCAACAUCGAAACUCUUCUGAAAGACCCCUACAGGUACCUGGAGUUCCCUAAACUUUGCGGCACCAUCACUGGCAACGUCGCUGCAGGGGCUAACUUCACCGUCAACUGCUUUGCGCCUACUGUAGCCCGCUACAUCAAGAUCCAGAAGACUAGUAUGGUUGACAGCAAUGAUCUCUUGACCCUCUGUGAAGUUCAAGUAACAGGAAGGUUCGCAUCCCACAGCGAGGUCACCAACAAAUCUGUUGACAACGACGUUGCUCAGGCUCUGGCUGCCAACGGAAUUAUUUCGAGUUCUGGAUCCAACGUUAACAUGGUUGGCAUGGAAGGGGCUGUGAAUUAAUCUGACGAAACUGACGAAGAAGCACAUAAUAAACUUCACCAACGACGAAGGUCUGAAGUCAAUUUCGUGAGCGCUUAAAGCACUUUUCAUCGAAACAAGCCAUGGAUUGUUGUGGAGUUUCUGCUAUGUGUCAAAAUAAAUGUGAAGGUUGAAUACUGAAAGCGUUUUCUCGUGUGUAGAUAAAUUGAUAUAGAGACCCAGCGUGCGUUUCCGUAGAAUAAAUAUCAUACACUAGGAAGACAAAUUGUAUUAAGCGAGUCUAUAAAUAUUUAUGAUA